AAAUGAGCCCUCUUAAAUGAAAAGCACAGAAGUUUCACAGCUUCUAAAAGCAAAGUUUUACGUGGCACCGCUUCAUACAAGAGUUCAUACAUCAAGUGUAGCAUUCACCGUUCAACAAUCAGGAUGUGCACCAAAGUCUCAGACUGAAGACAGCAAGACUUAUCUUAGUCACGCAGCUUCUGGCUGAGCCAUCUGACUGCUGGUUUAUCUGCUCUGACACACAGCCUCUCGCUGGGAGAGUGUCACUUCGGCUCCUCUGUCCUGCUGACUCCCAGCUCCACUCUCGUCUCUCCUACUUGUGUCACCCGUCUAAAGGAACGGCUGGUAGAACCAAGUCAUGGAGGACACAACAAUUACUGACCAACCAGAACUGUCAAUCACAAAUGCUUCGCCAUUAAUGUGUCAAGAUGAGACAACAGAAGGCUUCAGCACGAAAAACAAUAAUACCCAGAGGUCAAACGAAGUCCCUGUGAUGAUGAAUCCAGUGGUAACUCAGCCUGGUCCUGGCAUUGCUACAACCACCAUCACCACCAUCACACAAAUGGGGGGAAACUGGAGCACUGGCCUUCUUGAUGUCUGUGGAGACACGACAACAUGUAUUCUCGGGGCGCUGGUGCCGUGCUGUUUAGACAUAAGUUUAGCUCACCAGUAUGGAGAGUGCCUGUGCAUGCCUCUCCUACCAGGAUCCACGUUUGCCAUUCGGGUCGGGAUCAGGGAGCGAUACAAGAUACAGGGAAGUGUGUGUGAGGACUGGGCUGCAGUGUAUUGCUGUUACCCUCUGGCUGUAUGUCAGAUGAUAAGAGAGAUGAAGCGGAGGAUGAAGACCCAGACAUAUCAAGUGUCUACAGCAUUGGAAUCCUCCUGAAGGAACUGUUGACAGUGACUGUGUCCUUUGCGUUGACAAUGCAACAAGGAUCAGUGAAGUCUUUGGAAACAUUCUAACUCUACUAUCUAACACUUGAAGACUUGAAGAAGGAAACGAUGGAUCCAAAUGUCCAUUUUUUAAAGCUCCACCGGAUUAUAUUAGAUUCUUAAAAAAAAAAAACCAACAACGUUGUAACUGCUGUUUGAAUCAAAUGUAUUAUUAAUAGCCUAAAUCAUUUAUUUCUCUGAAAGAAAUUAUUUUGCGGCCACAUUUGUAGAUGGAUGAAAGGGAGGAAGAUGAAUGGUUUUCCUUUUUUUUCCAAUUCCAGCAGACAUCAAACAAGCUCUAAGCAUAAUGGUGCAAAAUUAAAUGAAACACAGGGAAGAAAAGAACAAACAGUUGAUCCUGUCUUACAAAGAAAUGCUCCUAUUACUGUGUUCAUCAAGUGGGCAAAUUAGUGAACAUGCUGUGGUCAGCUUUAAAAUGUAUUAAAUGGGACCAUUAUAAUUGCCCUACUCUAGCUGAGGUAGAAUUCUACUGCUUAUCCUCAGUGACACAUGUAACACAAUUUAAAUAAUCAGAAAAUGUAAUGAUUUAGCGUUAUUGUAAAUUACAUCUCUUAAUAACACAUAGCAAGGGUCUGUUCAAGCUAUUUUUUGUUUGAAAUUAACAGUCUCACAUUGGGUGCUGUCUAGUUUGCCUAAAACAGAGAAUUGCUGCAGGUUGUAAAUGUAUAUCAUAAUCUUAAAGCCUAAGUUUAAAAUUAAUAAUGUAAAAAUCCUGCUGUCAAUAUAAACAUGCAUUUAUGGCUAGUUAAAGGAGUCAAAAUGUGUUAAAACUAGGUCAUAUGAAAUGUCUAAAUGACUCAAAUGGAAAGUGCUUUUUUAAGGGCUGAAAGCAUCUUUGUAAUGACAAUAAUAUGAGAUAAGAGGAGGUUUUGUUUGUCCUGCAACAACCCAAAAUCAUUUAGCACAGGGUUAAUUUUGUGAGACAUCUGUGUGGUCAUUGAUCGGAUACCACAGCAAACAUAAAUAGGUUGUAAUCAGCUGUUAUUAUUCCAUAAGCUUUCUCCUACAGUCCGAAAACAUGAAUAUUAGGUUAUUUGGUUACUUUAAAUUGUCCUUAGGUAUGAGUCUGUGUGUGUGAUUGUUUGUCCUGUGUGUCUCUGUGUUGCCCUGUGAUGUAAUGGCAACCUGUCCAGGAUGUACCCAUGUCUCACCCAAUGACCACUGGAGAUAUGUACCAGCUCCCCACGACCCAGAAAGGACAAGCAGGUAGAAACAAUGGAUAGAUGGAUAGUCCAUAGUCAAUGAUCAAUGAAUCAAACAAACACACUCUUUCACAGGGGACUAUAUAGAUUAUUGUUAGAGUUGCAGUUUGUGGCUUACUGUCAGUAGUGUUCGAUGGUAGCCAUUAAUAAAAUUAGAAGAACUUGGAAGCUGCUGUUAAAUCCUCUGUUGAGAAACGGACAGAGAACCCAGAAGUAAUGAGUUUUAUGUCACCCUUCCAACCAGUUGUUUGCAUACGCUGUGGUAACUCAGCGGGAAAAAUCCAAUGUGACAUACUUUGGUUAUUACAUUUCAGAGGGAUGAGAUCAUUUUACGGUUUAACAGAUUUGACCAUUGAAAGGAUAUAUUAUAACUAAUAUUUAAUCUCAAUUAAUAAACGUUUUGAUCUAAAUUGAUAUACUGUAAGCCUAUCAGAUGGAACUUCAUCUUUUCUGUGUUUUAUUACAUUGGAUACAUGUUUUCAUCGUAAACUAAAGGUAUCUGUAUGAGAAGUUUUUUUCUGUACACAUUAUUUUGCAAUUUAUUUUAAUUGGGAUUAUUUACAACAAUAAUUUACUGAUAUAUGGAAAUAAUCAAAUCAUUUUCCAGGCUGAUUUAUUUUUAAGUACUAAAUUUAUUUAUUAAACACACCCAAUGUAAUAAAUGUAUCACGUUACAGAACCUUGACAGCAGGUGGGGCAAUUGAACAUUUUACUACAGAAAUGUGACUUAUGAGGUUCAUUUGAUCUGUGCUAUAUACCUGAGGUUUUGUUUUGUAAGGAUAAAUGGGUCUGGGUAUAUAUGGGUUUAAAGAUAAUAAAAUUCAGUAGACACAAAAGCCAGCAUGCAUUUUCCCCAAAGGCGAUGUCUUUGAUUUUGCAUCCCUCAUUUUAUCUCUGACUUCCUUAAAUUAAGUUAUUAAUAUGAAGUGAAAUAAAGAAAUUGGUAAUUCUUA